AUGUCGCAAAAGGAGAUCAUCUACCUCUCCUUCGGCUCCUUCUCCAACCACAUCUCCACCCACUUUUGGAAUCAGCAGCAAUCCUACUUUACCUACGACCAAUCUGACCUACCCUCUGGAUCGACUUCUCGCGAUGUCGAGCACACAUCAUCGCAGGAUGAAGAACCGCUCAUAGACCACGAUGUCUCAUUUCAGGCAGGUCAGACGCUCACGGGUCAGGACACCUACAAUCCACGCGCGAUCCUUUUUGAGACGGAACAGGAGUUCGGUGCACUGGCAAAGUUGAACGCAUUGUACGACUCUUUCCCUGCAGACAGCGAUGGAAGAAGUGUGGCGCUGGAUAGUCUGCAGAGUUGGGGUAGCGAGGCGCAGGUGAUAGCGACUGAAAGGGUGAGGCCGAGUAGGUACCAACGCAGAUUGGAGCUGGAAGAUCAGGGUCUUGAUCCAGAGUCUUCCGACGAUGACGAUGACGGUCAAGACGACGACGUACAAAAAACCGCCUCGAUUGGCGAUGGACCAAGUCUCCCCAAGCAGCGAAGGUCCAAACGAUCGUAUCGUUUCUGGUCCGACUACUCGCGCACCUUCUUCCACUCGAAAUCGCUCGUCUCUGUCGGCGGGCAGCUCACCGCUCCCAUGCCUGGAUCCUACAACGCCGCCCACUCGCCGUCGAAUUCUGACGGUCGCACCCGCUUCGAGACCUUCUCUCAAGGUGUAGCUCAGUUCGAUCAGCUCGAGUCACAGCAUGAAGUGCUCGAUACCAACAUCCGCUGGUUCGCCGAAGACGCCGAUCUUCUACAGGGCUUUCACUACACCAUCGAUACUUCGGAUGCAUUCGGCGGCUUGGGCUGCAAGUAUCUCGAGAAUCUCGUCGACGAGUUCCCCAAGCUCAGCCAUCUAGUGUUUGGCGCCGGCUGGGGUAACACGACGUACGUGCCCGAGGACGCAGGAGACUCGGCAUCGUGGGAGAACAGGCUGGCACGCAUCAGACGCAUCAACAAUCUGCAAAGCCUGACGCAGAUGAUGGAGUUCUCUACCGUAGCAGCUCCCCUUUGCAUUCCUGACUGGCAAGGAGACGGGCAGGUGGGUGCCAAUUGGAGGAGAUACCUCGGCAGGAUCGAUUUGAGCGAUAUGCACCACGCGGCAGCGCUCGUAUCCCCGCAUCUGGAAACAGCCACCCUGGGCACACGGUUGAAAUCGCGUUCCGAGACGUUGAGCUCUCUCACCGCUCGACUCAACUGGAGGAGGGAUACCAAGCUCGUACAUCUAGGAGGCGCACUGCCCGUUGCGUACCCAGCCCCGCUCUCUUCCUCCUCAAUAGCUGGAUCGAUGGAUCCGGUGGACGCACUGCUCAAAUCCUACGGUUACGGCGAUUCCGACUCGCGAGCACGUCAACGCGGAGCACCACUCGAAUCCGAAUCCGACCUAUCGGCUCGCGGAGCCAAACACCUUCUCUCGACCUGGAUUGACCUUUCCCUACCGACACACCUUUCUGGUGGCGAGAAGCGUCGCAAGCAAUUGCUGCAACACCUUUCACGACCCUACUCGCACACCGCAGUGUUGAGAAACUCCAACCUAGACCAAGCACGUCUGGGUCUCGGAAUGCUCGAUUCCAUCCUCUCCCAGAUCAACCCACCGUUCGGUCAGGGAGUCUACAUCCCACAGUCGUACAAUGUUCUGUCGUCCUAUCCCAACUUCUUCACUUUGCUCGACAAGCAUUCGAAUCCACUCACGGAAGCAACGACACAAUCGAGCCGAAAAGUCGCACGACCCAAACAUCUCCCCGUUCUCUCGUCGUUGUCAGCUACACCAUCGAGCGUGUACCUGUUCAAGGAGGCGAGAGAUACGGUCAACGAGGUUCUGAACGGUCACCUGCCGAUGAUUGCGUAUGGGCUGGACGGCGAGGAUGCGAGGGAUGGGUUGAAAGAGAUCCGCGAAAACAUCGAGGGUUGGAUCGAUGCGUACAGCGUGGGUGAGGAAGACGAGGAAGAGGAAAAUGGCAUGGGCACGGACGAAGAGUACGACGUGGACCAGAAGGAGGAGGAUGGACUGGAUUGGGAUUUGUAA